CAGGUUAGCAAUACUUGGAUCAACUAGUGUCUAUAAGCUUUUUUUUGUCUAUUAUUUUUAACUGCAUCUGCAACAACUCGUGCGUUUCUCAGUAAUAAUAAAAAUUAAAAUAAGCUUUAUUUUAGUAUUGUUUUGCAAUUUAGGUUUAGUUUAAUUUAACAAGUGUUUCGUAAAAUUAGAUAUUUUGUCAAAUGAUACACCGGCAAGUCUCGCGUUAAAUUAUAUACCAGUGUGUUUAUUAAUCUGAUUUCGGCGCCACUUCAUCUACAAGAAUUUCCAAGUCGGACACAGUAAUGUCUUCUGAUUUUUACAUUAGGUACUAUGUGGGCCACAAAGGUAAAUUUGGCCAUGAAUUCUUGGAGUUUGAGUUCCGACCCGAUGGUAAACUGCGUUAUGCUAACAAUUCAAACUAUAAAAAUGAUACUAUGAUCCGAAAAGAAGCGUAUGUGCAUCCAUGCGUUAUGGACGAAUUAAAAAGGAUAAUCGUCGAUUCUGAAAUAAUGCACGAAGACGACCAUAUAUGGCCUCCACCAGAUCGUGUGGGCAGACAAGAACUUGAAAUAGUUAUUGGUGAGGAGCACAUUUCAUUCACUACAUCUAAGACUGGCUCAUUGGUUGAUGUCAAUCAAUCUUGUGAUCCAGAAGGCCUACGCUGCUUCUACUACUUGGUGCAAGACCUCAAGUGUCUGGUAUUUUCUCUCAUCGGUCUUCACUUUAAGAUUAAGCCAAUUUAGAUUAAGGCUAUGUACCUUUAAAACAAAACUUAUUAAAGUAAAUUUGCACUAUA